AUGUUAGCCCUACAGAUGUCUCAGUUCCUGUCAAAACUGGACAAGCCGACAGACCCUCCCACAACACCGCUGUCGACUUCGAAUCAUCUGAAUGUACAAUUUCACUUCGAACGUAUGGACUCCACAACCAGGCAUUCUAUUAGCCUUAGUGAUUACACCUCACCCGAUGAUUCGAAGGUGUCUGUGACUGUAUGCACCGACACGAGGAAGGAGACAUCGAAUAAGUCCGACAUAGAUCCUCGGAGGAGAAAGCCUCAAUCCAACCACAUGCGACGGCCAUCAACCGCGCCCGCCUCAUCCCAGAUGAUGCAACACAAAAGAACGGAUUCGUCAGAUCGUUCUUUCCUCGAGCUGUUAUCUGGCCCGAGCACGCCCGGAUCGCGCGUCAAUGGCCAGUCCGGUGCCACGUUCCGAAACACGCGCUCUGCCACAACCCCGUCCGAAGACUGGCGAGUCGAAGGAGAACCAACCUCGUCACGCAGCACCACCCAAAAAGCCUCGCUUCCUUCGUUGGUCGUUAAUAAAUACCCCCCUCGUCCUCACUCAGGCGCCCCGCAUCUGUCCGCUUCAAGCCGGAACAUGAUUACAUUCGAUCGAAUUGUCGAUUCGUCAGCUCGGGCGGCGAUCACGCGGUCUGUCGUCUCACCUUCAAUGGCCAAUUUAAACACCAUACCCGGGUCGAAUAGGGCUUCCCAUUCGCGGCGAACGAGCUCUUUGUCCCUAGGCGGUGGAGGAAUUCAGCACAUCGUCUCAAUGGGAAGCUCAAUGGACUUCGGUAAAUUCAUGCCUCAAACAACAACAUCGCCUCGAUCGGCAUCGUUCAAUACAGUCGGUAGAGUGGCUUCGCCAGUCGAUGUCAAGCGUUUGCUCACUAAACCAGCCACGCCUGUGGGAAAUUAUUCCGGCGGCAACGUCGGACGCACAGAAGAUGUAUCGACUCUAUUGUCGUCACCCACCACACCGCUAUUUGGCUCCGAGGCCCCCUCCUCCCCACGAUCCUCCGAGAUACGUGUUCAUCAGGUUCUUCAAUCCGAAUCAACACCCCAGUCCCUGAGGACACAUGUAAGCCCCUGGACCUCAGCAACGGCGUAUGAGGAAGUCACCAAAGCGCAACCCGUCCCGGAGAUAGGACAGCACACAACUACAAAUGCGCGGAUCAUUCGACCCACAACGCGUGGGCGAGAGCAUGCAGGUUUGCAUACUUAUAGCUCCGGUGGAGAAGGAAUUGGCGAAAGCCCACAACCAAAGCAACUGAAGCGCUCCUCGUCAACCCGUCCCGGCGAUAGGAACGGGAACGGUAAGCGCUCCUCGACAUUUAUCAAGACGGACGGAUACUUGAGCGAAUCCUGUGUCCGGCUGCCCAAGGUCCAAACCGCCCUCACCCCUGCAGCGGCCGUUGCUUUGGCAUACCGCUCGCAGUCGCGUACAGGACAUCGGGAGGAACGGGCAGUUGUGGAUCCGAAGGUUGCGCCUUGGGAAAGCCAACCAGAUCUUCCUGUUCAACUGCCGACCCCUGCCCCAAGCGAAUGGGGAGAUCUCUGCACACCCAGCGGAUUCCGAAGAUUAGGAAGAAAACUCUCGCUCAAGCGUUCAGGAGAUGAACAGCCGCAUGUUCCCACGCGGGAAGAGGCGAGGCAGCGGGCCCGCUCUUUUGACCAGCCAAGGCCACGCGACCUGCCUGGGAAGACGUCUCUCGACGCCAAACGUCCAAACAUUACAAAGUCUGUUGCACCACCCACAAAGACCACGCAGGUGGUGUCUGCACCACAGCUCUCAACCCCCGAACCCCGCACGAAACCUCCAGCCAGACCGCCCACACCCGCCGAGCUUCCAGCUUCCGAAGAACACAAGCGCCGCCCCUCGUUUGGUCAGCAAAUAGGUGGCUUCGUGCGGAAACUAUCUAAUCCAAACCUUCGGACCACGCGAAAAGAGAAGGAAAUCUCGUCGAUGCCUCCCGUACCUCCUCUGCCUACGCUGCUGAAGGAGAAGGCUGAGCUGGAGACGCCUGUGAGGGGGAAGACAGUCCGUGUACCUCCUGUGCCUGCGAUCCCGAUUCGUUUGACAAGGGGUAGCCCGGUGAGCGACCGCGACCAUGAGGAGGAUAAGAAGGCAGACGAGAGCGCGCUCCAAUCUGCAGGGAACAGCGUCGAGUCGCUAGUCGCUUUCCCUCAGGAAUCACCUUUUACCCCGAAGAGCACGCCUCUCCGUACCUCCCAGGAGAAGGAAGCGGACAGGCAUCAGAAGGACCUGGCACGAAGGAAGAGGAACAAUUCCCCCCCACAUCAGUUGGACAUACAGAUAUCGCCUGUCACGGUUCCAGAAACUCCAGUCCGUCACCCAGGACGAUCAAGACGCAGACCAAGCGUGAAGGAAGUGCUCGAUCCAGCAGUUUCCAAGAACCAAGAACAGACCACCCAGCCCGCUCCGGCGAGGAGGAAGGGUGAUCCCCCCCCGCCCGAACCGAUUCUCGGACCUGUCCUCUCUGAGGAGGAAGAGCAAGCCCAAGCUCGCCGAAGAAGGGCGUCCAAAGCCAGACGGGAAAAAGUCCACAACCUGAGCAUCUCCGUCUCCGAUCCCCGAAGUUUCGGGGUGCAGGCCGUCUCCCACCAGCGGAGCCCAUCGCUAGGUUCUACCACUCCCCGUCCAACGGGGAUGACUUCCCCUGGGUUAACGGGAAGAACAUGCAGCGAGGGAGACGCGACACCCUUUGGUGAACGAAAGUCUCUGUAUACCGUUGCAGGGGUAUUUCCCCCGCCCCGGUCGGCAUCGAUUAACACGCCUUCCCCUUCUACUACUACUCCAGCGAAGCCUAGCCCAUCCCCGAUGAGCCCUCCUUCCUCCACGCCGUCGAUGGCGCUCAAAUCGAUGAAGAUUCCAGGAGGGAAGGUGCCCCUGAGUGAGCAUCAGAAAGCUGAGUUGUGGGAGGAGCUGCUGAGGCGAUGUGAGGAAGCAGGGGGGACGCUGUUGCUGAAGGGUGCGGAAUAA